AGAAUUUCCCUUCUUCAUUUCGUUGGCAAGUCCCUCUCACUUCCAGUUUCAUCUCACUUCAAAAUGGCCAGUUUUCCAACUGUGAUGAUCCUCAGCCCACCACCCCAAUCACUCCCAUUCCUCCUCCAAUCUCAACACCAACAACAACCAUCAAAUCUCUCUUCACUACACAACCCUCAAACCCUAACAAUCUUCACCCACAACCCCUUCCCUCGAGCUCCGAAAAUGGCAGUACCUGCAAUCAGAGCUCAAGCAAUCACCAAUCCCACUGGUCUAGGGCUUGUUCAGAAAGCGAUACAGUCGUUCCAAUCUUCGCCGCCUACUUGGCAAUCGGCAAUUCUCAGCAAUCUUGUCAUAUUCGUAGUGGGUUCUCCGAUUCUUCUCUCCGGACUCUCUCUCCCUGGCAUUGGGGCUUCCUUCUUGCUCGGCACUCUCACAUGGCGCGCUUUUGGACCCUCUGGUUUUCUUCUCGUCGCUUCGUAUUUCGUUAUUGGCACAGCGGCCACAAAGUUGAAAAUGGCACAAAAGGAGGCUCAAGGGGUUGCUGAGAAGAAGAAAGGAAGAAGAGGACCAGAAAGUGUGAUCGGUUCCAGUGCAGCUGGUUGUGUUUGUGCUUUCCUUUCAAUAUUUGCAGUUGGUGGAAUUGCAUUUUCUCGCAUUUGGGAACUUGGUUUUGUUGCUAGUUUCUGUACUAAACUGAGUGAUACUGUCUCAAGUGAAGUAGGAAAAGCAUAUGGCAAAACAACGUACCUAGUCACGACGUUUAAGACAGUUCCAAGGGGAACCGAAGGAGCUGUGAGUGCUGAGGGAACCCUUGCUGGACUUUUAGCUUCAAUUCUUCUUUCUUCUGUUGGUUGCUUGAUGGGUGAGAUAUAUGUACCUGAGGCUAUGAUUUGUGUAGUAGCUUCCCAGAUUGCUAAUCUUGGUGAGAGCCUCAUAGGUGCUGCCCUCCAAGAGAAGGAAGGAUUCCAAUGGCUGAACAAUGAUGUUGUUAAUGUCAUCAACAUAUCUAUGGGCAGUGUUUUGGCAAUACUGAUUCAGCUAAUUGUGCUCCAAAACUGGUAUACAUAGUUUCAGAAGAUCACCCAUUUUAUAGCAUCUCCUGAGGAAAUGAGCACAGUUCAAAGCCCAUCGUAGCUUACAAAAUUUGUGAAUAUUGUGAUUGAAAACUGAAAGCAACGCCAGACCGCCAAACUCAACUGGGCAUGGUACCUAUGAAGCAUGAUCCCCGGAAAUCUUGGAGCCAUUUCAAACUCAAUUGUUUCUAUUAUUUGUAAGUGCCCCCGUCUCUCUGUUGCGCGAAGGACCAAGCAGUUUGAUUAUGUUCACUAUGAUUUGUAAAACAUCAGUUCUUUCAUUGUAAUUUCAGUGCCAAAACAGAGCUUCUGUAUCUACUUUUUAUUUGUUUUCCUGUGCCUUCGAGUCUCUUGAGCAAGGCAGCUUAUUUUUCUGGAGGUAAAGCUAAAAACUUCUGUUCAUUUUGUGUACUCAAAUCUGAUCAAACAAUUGAUGCUUGGUUUGAUUGCCAUAAAAAUGGCUCCAAAAAAAUGAAAACUUUCUUUCGAUGUUGAUUGAAAA